AUGGGGGCCCACAGGAGACUUUUGCUGUGGUCCAGUUUUAUCGACUAUGCUGCUAGUCUGGCACCCCCAGCACUGCCCUGUGCCCCUCCCAUCUCUGGCCCCAGUACUGGCAUUGGGAGUACCAGGGAGACACCACUGCUGGGUGCCUGGGGAGCCCCGCUGGAGCCAUUGUACCCAGGGGGCAAUGCCACGCCAGAGCAGAUGGCCCAGUAUGCAGCUGAGCUCCAUAGAUACAUCAACGUGCUGACCAAGCCUAGGCAUGUGCCAUGGACAUGGAGAGAGACCCCAGCCCCUGGGACCCUGGGCUCACUCCACAUUCCUGGCCACACCCUAUCCCCAGCCCAAGCCCCAUCUCCAGCCCCAGCCCCUUCCAGGCUACUCUUGGGGAAACAGAGCAUCUGUGCUGACCAGGCCUGGGCCCAUGUGCCCUGGGCAAGUGAGUGCCUACAGGCGGAUACGAAACAGGUGGGCUGGCACCUGGGCACAGGGCUUCCAUGUAUAGGGAAAAAGACAAAGAGGACACGCUGGCCUUCUCAGAGUGGGGUCCUCCCAUGCUGCUGCCCCCAGGGAGCUCAGCCUGCUGGAACUGUAACGCUACCACCUGCCUCCUACCACUCCGUGGGCAGUGCCAGCCCAGCUCUCCCCUCCGCACUGUUGGCUCUGGCCAAAACUGGCUCCUUGUUCCCGCAGAGGCUCAAUAAAGCAAGUCAAAGCCACAGUCUAUCUCUAUGUCUCUGUGGACUCCUGGUGCAGGGCAGCAGGAAGAGCUAA